GAACAGAUUAUGAGGGACGAGUGUGGUUUUGACAGAGCUUUCCCCUGGUGGGAUGAAACUCUUGAUGCUGGUAACUUUUCUAGCUCUUCCAUCUUCACGCCCGAUUUCUUCGGGUCACUGCGGACGUCUACCAACGACCAGUAUAUCUGUGUUACCGACGGCGUUAGUAUCACCUUCCAUGCAAACACCAUCAGGAACUAACUACCUGAAUAGUACUUUGCCAACGCGGUUGCUCACAUUGGGCCGGGCUCGGGUUUCCAAGACCACUGUCUCUCCCGCGCUGUCGAUGAGUCCCUGACUGCCCAGUGCAAUAAGAAUUUUGUCAAUAUCUGCAAUUCACGCGACAACUAUUCCGAUAUGGAGAACUGUGCCGAGCUCGGUCCUCAUGCAUACGGUCAUAACGGUAUCGGUUCCGUCAUGGCCGAUGCGUCCUCGUCACCACAGGAUCCUACUUUCUUCCUUCACCAUCUUUUCGUCGACCGCAACUUCUGGCUGUGGCAAGACGGCGACGCUUCGCGCAAGACCAAGAUCAACGGCUGUAUCGACAACAGCAGUCCCUGCACACCUUUGACGCUGGAUACUGUUAUUAAUGUGCAAGGGCUGAGACCCAAUGUCACGGUCAGAGAUGUUAUUGAUACACAGAACGGCGUCAUAUGUUACUACUACACGUACUAAGUCUCGAUCCUAGUUCAUAAAAAUAAAGAAAGAAUUGGCCAGGUGCUCACAGGCAUAACGAAAGU